AUGCGGAAGUCUUUCAUAAAUAAAGUGUUUGUAGGCGUUGGGGCCGUAGGGUUAACAGAAAUUUGUCUGAACCAAGACUUGGGUAUGUUGUGUUCUAUUAUUUUCGAUAUAUCUUUUUCUAGACUUUAGGAAGGCGUGCAUUUCUCGACCAAGGGUGGCUUUUGCGGAAUCUAAGGUAUGUUUAGCUCCUUUCUGAUGUCCUGCAUCUUUAGGACAAGAGUUCUGGCGUGAUUCCUUAUGUUCUGAUUGGGGGAGGCACGGCUUCAUACUUUGCUGCUUUAACAAUUCGCGCAAGAGAUCCUGACGCCAAGGUGUUGAUCAUUGGAGAUGAGGUCCAUUCCUCCUACAAUCGGCCUGCCCUAUCUAAAGGCAAGUUUGCAAUAAUUGCUUUGAUAAAAAUUUCUGGUUAGAUCUCUGGUGGCAUAAUGCAAACCCAGAUGACCCGGAAUCUCUUGAAUACAUCGGUUAUAAAGGACGCAAGAAACACAUUGGAUAUGAAGCUGAAGGGUUUUACAUUGAGCCAGAGAAAAUGAAAGACUUUGAACACGGAUGUGUGGGAUUAAUGAGGAAAACGAAGGUCACCAGAAUCGAUGCUGACAAGAAGAUUGUGUAUCUGGCCAACGGGAAAGAGAUUUAUUACGAUAAAUGUCUGAUUGCGACAGGUAAGCAAUGCUUUUAAUUUUCCCAAGUUUUUAGGUGCUUCUCCUGUUGUUUCGGCGCCGUUUGAUAAAGAUGAACUCGAAGGAAAGGUUUUUAGCUUCAAGAAUGUAAGAUUAAUAACUGAUUUCUUGACGUUUGAUCUAGAUAGAAGACUACAUCACCCUAAGGAAAGCCUUAAAACCGGGAACCAAAGUGGCCGUUCUAGAUGGUGGUUUGUUGGGAACAGAAUUGUCUUUUUCCAUCAAACAUUUUUCGGAGGAUGUUGAAGUUGUUCAAUUAGUGCCAGAAAGUUUUUGUCUGUCCAAGGUAUUACCUCCCAAAUUGGCUGAAGAGUGUUUGUCAGGCAUCGAAUCUGCUGGGGUCAGGGUGAUAAGGAAUGUGAAAGUGGAAUCUGCCAAGAAACUUCCCAAUGGGAUGGUAUACCUCAAGUUGAACACUGACCGGGGCACAGUGACCGUUGUUGUUGAUUAUGUUGUUGAUGGUCAUUCGUGGAAACCGAAUGUGGAGAUUGCCGAGAAAUCGAGGCUAGAGGUGGAUAAUGUGAAUCAAGGGAUUCUCGCGAACUCUGAGUUGAUGGUGAGAAAGGACAUCUACGCCGCGGGAGAUGUGGUCUCUUUCUAUGACCCCGUCUUGGGAAGGAUGAGAAAACAACAAAUUGAACAUGCCGAGAUCACUGGGAGAUGUGCAGGGGAGAAUAUGAGUGGAGGAAGGAAGGUUCUACCCAGAAGGGCAUCAUUCAGAUCUCGAGUUGGAGAGACUUUGUUCUUGGAAGGGGUGGGAAUAACUGACCCAAAGUUAAACACCGUUGUCUUCAGGUCUGAUGUAAGUGACGACAUGGGAAUAGUGGAUUGUUUUUAGGACAAGGAGAGUUUCCCUCGGUGGAUCUGCUUCUACCUGGAUGAGAAGGAGAGAAUUGUUGGUGUUAUUACCUGUAAUAUGACUUACACUCUCGAGUAUGCCCGAAAAUUAAUCGUAGACGCCCAGCCUCGUCUCGAUCUCUAUCAGGUUGCCAAGUUAUUUUCAUUAUACAAGGCGGAGAAGACAGAAGAUUCCGUGGAUGAAUCAACCGCCAAUUAG